UUCAUUCGACCGUGGAAUUUUGAAUCCGUUUUUCUUGCGCUCCCAAAAUCGAACCAUGUCGGAUUCGGAGGAGCACUACCGUUUAGUGGUCAUGGGAUCUGGAAAGGUAGGUAAAACCGCAAUAAUUCAACAAUUCAUCAAUAAUAAAUUCGAGGAGAAGUAUAAAGAAACCGUGGAAGAUCUACAUUGUCGAGAAUAUCAUAUUAACGGACAUAGUAUUAAAGUAGAUAUUCUAGACACUUCUGGGACAUUGCAAUUCCCAGCUAUGAGGAGAUUGUCCAUAUCAACAGCGCACGCUUUUGUUUUGGUCUAUUCUAUUGACGAUUCUGCGUCGUUUGAUAACGUUAAACAAAUAUACAACCAGAUCCAGGAACAGAGAACAAACUUCGGUGAUAUACCUAUCGUGGUCGUAGGAAAUAAAACCGAUCUCGAGCUCCAACGUCGGGUGGACAUCGACGACGCCCGCGUGACUCUAGCGCAAAAUAACUGGAACUGCGCGCACCUUGAAGCGUCGGCAAAGGAGAAUUCUCUAAUACUGGACAUAUUUCAGAAGCUUCUACAGAUGGCGAAGAUUCCCAUUGCUAGGGAGUUGAGCCCCGUGUUGAAACGGAGAAUGAGUGAGUACGGUUACAAGUCAAGGCAGCGGGGAGAGAGGAGAAGUUUCAGGGAAAGCGACAAGGAUUUGUCAAGAAGUCGGAGCUUGAUUCGGAGAUCAGCGAGACCUAAAAUGAAAGCAACGGACCCUAACAAAAAUGACUGUGUUAUCUGCUAG